AUGGCGCCAGUUAAAUUCGGGCUGUUCAAAACGAGGAGUCGGGAUCAACAGGAGCAGCCUUCUACCGAGAACCUACUUCAGGACAGCACCAGCUCUGAACUAGCAACCCCCGGCUCACCAAUCCCAUCGACGAGUAAAGGACAAAGUGCAGAUGCAGAUUUCUACUCACCAGACAUAUCGGUGUUGCAUCUCGACAGCGACGACGAAGACCUCGACAGCGAUGAUGAAGACGUGAGGGUAUACUUUCAUAACAAUCGCACGUUAGUCGCACGAAAAUCGGACGACAGUCGCACGAAAAGGAAGAGUCUAGAUGCAGAUUUUUACUCACACAGUACACCGACGAUGUCGAGACUCGAGAGCGACGAUGAUGACAAUUGUCCACAGAUGAACUACCAGCACCUAACCAACCAAUCAUCCAUCGAUCACGACGACACUCUCCCCAUAGACGAUGACGCUACCUCCUGCGACGCUAACUCCAUACAGUUUGAUGAAACCUCCCUAGCGCCUAGCGAAGACCUGUCGGUCUACUGUCUGACGAAGAAGAAGAACCUCAGGAGUGCCAAGGAGGUGCAGCAAUUGAGGGACCUGGAUAUGUGGAGGGCGAGUGACGUUGAGGUGAUGCAGAACCUCCUAAGCCGGAGCGGCAAUCUCAACGAGCAGUUCAAAUGGGAGGCCAUCGCCACAGCCCGAGGGCUCUGCACGCUCACGGACAACUGCGCUUGCACGGACUGUGCACGUGCUAAAUACUUAGCGGGAAUGGCGGAUGGCGACGGCGGGAUGAGCGCGGCGCCGUUACUGAGCGUAGGGUGUGUCUUACAGUAA